AUGUUUUCAUCUGACAAGCUACGAGUUGUGUAUAUAUUGGUGGUCAUUGUUACUAUUGUAACGGCCAAAUACGUAGACACAAGGAAGGCAGGUAAAAAAUGUCCCCCUGGUGUUCCUGAGCUUCAGUGCUCGAUUGAUCCAUGUGAAGUCGAAACUUGUCCACUUUUCCCACGAGCACGAUGUGUGGCUAACUUUUGUGGUGGUUGUAAUGCUGUAUUCUAUCACAAGGGAAAAGAAGUGGACUGUACAGUUGACAAGCCUGGGGAAUGUCCCAUUCCACAAGGAGGUAGCAUGUGUGUAGAACUCUGCGGUGACGAUGAAGACUGUGAUGGUACUAUGAAGUGUUGCAGCACUGGAUGCGGUCAUGUGUGCAUGGAACCUGACGAUAAUGGCUGUUGGCCUGGUGUCCCAAUGGUUUACUGUUUUGCCGACCCCUGUCGAGUCACGGAAUGCCCAGCGUAUCCAGAGGCAAAGUGUGUAGCCAAUUAUUGUGGUGGGUGUAAUGCUGAUUUCUAUGUUGACGGAGAACUAGUAGACUGUAUUGGCGAGGACUGUGAUGGGCACGAGGAUGGUACAACAUACCCAGCAGAUGAUGGAUGUAAUACUUGUACUUGCAAUAAUGGGCGUGAAAUGUGUACUUUGAUGGUAUGUGGACCAGAUUGUCAUGGGCACGUAGAUGGAACAACAUAUUCAGCAGGGGACGGGUGUAACACUUGUGCUAAUAUGAUGUCAUCAUCACAGAUUCUUCCAAGUGGAAUCCCGCUUCACUUUACAGUGAAAGCAACAAACUCGGCAAAAUCAACGUCAAUGGCAACAUGCGUGUUACCAACGUAUGACACAACUCUACCUAGUGGCAGGAUAUUGUCAACUUUCAAAUCUACUAGUCGUCCUGAUAUAUUGAAAGGGUCUGUGGUUAUUACAGAUGAUAGUCCCAUAAGUGUGCAAAUGGCUAAACAGCUAAACUAUUAUGAGAGAAAUGGUGUAAGCCGGUCAAUGGAGUUUGAACAUCGGAAUUUAAAUUUACGACACGGUGAUGUGCAUUACUUCAACAUGUAUUUACAAAAUACACUGGGUUAUGAAACCAUCAUUAAUUCAGGUCCCAUUGUUGCUGAUUUCGAAACCCCUUCCACUGGUCCGAUACAAAAUACAGUGUCUGAUAUUAAAUACAAUGCGAGUUGUGAAAGUUUCGUUCCCAGCAAGUGGCAUUACAAAUGUAUUGAAGCGAGAAUGUUCGAAAAUCAUCGACAUGUUGUUGAUGGUCCAGGAUCAGCUACUGUGUUCAACGGACAAGAACCGCUUGUUGAUCUCCUGUACACUAGAUCAAACAAGUUUGUUACAGCAAAUUGGGAUGGAUUCCACGAUGAUGAGACGGGUAUAUUGGGAUAUACUUGGGCUGUCGGGACCGAUGUGUGUCAGGAAGACAUUCAUCCUCAUACAGAUCCACAUGAAUGGACUAAUAAGGGUAUUGCACAUUCUCUGUCCUUGCCAGAUGGUUUUUACUAUGUCACUGUCAGAGCGAUAAACAAUGUGGAGUUCGGUGGCCCGCUAGCGACGACAGUAUGUCAUUCAACGCCAUUAGCAAUAGAUAACACGCCCCCAUAUGUGCAUGAUAUUUUCAAUAUUGAAUAUGAUGAAGACACCUGUAUUAUCUCUGAAGAAUACAAUUUCGAUUUACGAGCUGUUCGUUACGGACUAAUGCCAUUGAUAGUUGACACCAGCCCGCCGACGACAGGGAACGUAUUUGAUGGUUUAGUACAUGAUCACGAUAUUAAUUACCAAUUCGUGAGCAAUGAAAUAUGCGUAAGUUGGAGUGGAUUUCAGGACCAAGAAAGUAGCAUAGAAAAAUACAUUUGGUUUGUUGGAACAACGCCAGGAGCCAAUGACACAAUCGAACCCAUUGAUCUAUCGUAUACUGAAUACAGGACGUGUCAAGAUAAUCUCGUUCUAGAACACAACACUACAUACUACAAUACAAUAGUAGCUGUUAACAUGGGACAUAAGAAACUGACAACCAAAGUUACCACUGAUGGCUUUCUGUGUGACGAGACAUCGCCGUUGGUAGGAUGGAUACAUGAUGGUUUAAAUGCGGAUGAAGACAUUGAAUUCACAUCCGAGGCAUCAACUGUAUCUGCUAACUGGGGUGAUUUUUACGAUCCGGAGUCGAACAUCGAUAACUACUUUGUAAACGUAUGGAGGAAGCAUGCCGAUGACGAUGGUAUUACGGCAUAUCCUACAACCAACAUACACGGUCCCGAGUCAUUAUCAGGCGCAACCUCCUUCAUCAACUGGCAUCAUUUUCACCUUCACCAUGGAGACUUUGUCUAUAUAGAAUUAGAAGCUGUCAACGGGGCAUUGAAUUCAAUUGUAGAGUCAUCUGAUGGUGUUUUUGUUGAUCUCACUGAACCUUUAUUUUAUUAUCUAUAUGACAGUGACGCGUCAGGAAAUAGGUUACAACAAUAUACGUCUAGUGAAACACAACUCAGUGCGUCAUGGGAAUUUGGGGAUCAAGAUUCAGGUGUGGAGUCAUAUAGAAUAUCAAUUUUUCAAACAUAUGGUGGAUUACGAUAUCAAAUAUAUCCAGCCGAACGUGGAAGUCACGCAACUUUAGAGGGAGCCGCAACAAGCUGGACAUCACAGGACAGUCUGGAAUUAAUUAAUGGUGCACAUUAUAGUUUACGAAUCAUUGCUGUGAAUGGUGCUGGACUCAGCAAUGUUCAAGAUACUGAUGGCGUCAUUGUGGAUACAUCACCUCCAAAGAUGAGACAGGUAUCAAUUGGAGUUCAAACAGCCAAUUUUCCGGAAGAGGUAAUUGAUGGGAAAGUUCUCCAGUCGGACACUGAGGGCAUUGUUGCUUACUGGAUGGCUACUGAUUUUGAGAGUGGAAUAAGCGAAUACUUGUUAUGUCUUGGAACAACUGAAGGUGGCAGUGACAUUUUAGCUGAUAAGAGCAUGGGUUCUACGGAAGGCGGAUAUAUUGGUGGAAUAAAUCUUGAGCUCGAAUUAAUUAACCAUAAACUAUAUUAUUUGUCGGUAAGAGCACGCAAUGGUGCAGGUACGCUCUCUGAUUACAUGACAUCUAGUCCAAUAAAGGUUGUGGCGAAGGAUAAAGUCGGAUUUGUAAAAGAUGGACCGAAUGACCCAGAUACAGAUAACCCCGAUGUUGAUUAUCAGAAAGAAACUGGUACGGUAACCGCCAGAUUUACUGGGUUUGAAAGUGCACAGCAUGGCAUUGUUCACUAUGAGUGGGCGGUAGGAACAGCGCCACGACUAGAUGAUAUUCAACCAUAUGUUAGCUAUGGAGUGUUCAUUGAAGAAGAUGUAAGUGGUUCUGUGGGACACAGUCAGUCGUUGCUGCCACUUAACUCAGGGUCAACUUAUUACACAACGAUAAGAGCAAUUACUGGCGCUGGAAAUGUAUUAGAUUCUACAUCUGAUGGAUUUACCGUAGACACAACACCGCCAAGUAUCACUAUCACAUCGGCUGGACGGUCUUCUGACAACGAGACAGCAUACCUGUCGAACAACAACAAUAUCUAUCAGAGCCCAUCUGACUCGUUCCUAGCAACAUGGGAUAUUUUUGAAGAGGAAAGCGCAGUGAGCUACACGGAAGUAUGCUAUGGCAGUUAUCCGGGUGGCAAUGAUAUACACAGUUGUACAGAUGCAACAGGACUCAACAACUUACUAAAUGCAGGAGUGUGGCCAGAAACCACCGGGGUGGCUAAUUUCAUAUCUAUCACAUCCAAAAACCGAGUCGGUCUAAAAUCAACUACUAUAUCCAACCCAAUUAUCACUGACACGACACCGCCUGUAGCGGGUACUGUGGAAUGCCAAGAAUACCUUACUUCAUCGGAACCAAUAUCUUGCGCAUGGGAAAACUUCGAAGACACGGAGAGUGGGAUAUCUCAUUAUAUAUUUGGCAUUGGGAUAUCAGAAGGAGAUGAUUCGUUGUUUUCUUUCACGAUAGUUCCUGCUAACACUGAUAAAAUAUCAGUAGAAGAAUUGACCAUUAAGCAUCACAAUACCUAUUAUGCAACCGUGUUCGCUGUGAAUAAUAUUGGAAGUAAAACGGCUGGAUAUUCGAAACCGAUUACAUUCGACGAUACUCCACCAAUAGCCGGAACAGUAGUGGUGUUGAGCGGUAUCGACACCGUCUAUAACAGUACUGAAAACGUCACCCAUCCUGUCGGCUGUGAAUUCGGAGCUUGUGUCAACCCAAAAGACGCGGUAUGCCAAACAUCGUUUGACCGAAUAUUUGUAACCUGGCAACAAUUCGAAGAUUUCGAAAGCCCUAUAGUUAGGUACCAAAUAGCAGCUGGAACAAGUCCUGGCGGCACUCAGUUGAGGGAUUUCUUCGACACUACAAGUUUAGAAAGACAGGCCAUGAUAACGGGACUCAGUCUGUACACGGUUAAACAAGCUUACGUCUCGGUCAGAGGUUUCAACGCAGUUGGGCAAUAUAACACAAGUAUAUCGAAUGCGGUAUACAUCAGUCGAGUGAGUGCAAAUCUUCCACCGAUUGGAGAAAGUUAUGUGUGGGAUGGACGUCAAGAUGGAGAUUUAGACUAUCAAGGUGACGAAGACGAGCUAUCAGGUCAUUGGAACUUUAAUGGUGAUCCGUGUCCAAUUGCAACAUAUGAGUGGUCGAUUAUGAGGUUUGAUGGAACUGUAAUCACGCCAAUGAUGUUGCUACCUGUUGGCUCAACUUAUGGCUUGUAUGAUGGUCUGAAUAUGAAGGAUGGAGAGUCGUUCUAUAUCGUUGUUAGGGCGACAAAUCUACUAGGAUUCACAUAUUCUCUGCGAUCUGAUGGCAUCACAAUUCAAAAAGAAUCACUACUACCAGGAAAUGUCAGAGAUGGUGAUAUUUGGGGUUAUGACUUGAAUUCCCAAGCGUCAGUAACAUAUCUAGCAGCAAACUGGGAUGGUUUUGGAAUAGAUGGUACUGGUACCCAAGAAAUUGAACAUUAUGAAAUAGCAGCUGGGACAGACAGGAGAUAUCCAACGACUAGAUACGACAUUCAGCCCUUUACCAACGUGGCGCUGAACACGUCAUAUACGUUUCACGACCUACGCCUUGUGCCUCGUCGACUCACGUAUUAUAUUACUGUAAGAGCAUUCAGUGUAUCAACCUCAAUGGCAGAGGUAACAUCCAAUGGUAUUAAAGUUGGAUAUGGCGGCCAAGCUAUUUCUAAAGGGGAAAUCCAUAUUUCCAGGUUUGUUGCAUCAACAAAUACUGUAAGUCUGUCGUGGAAUGACUUUGAAUUUGGUAUGCCCGUAAUGUUUUAUCAGCUGGGGAUAGGUCACAGCAAUGAAGAAUGGAAUAUGAUUUCCUGUAAGGAUUUGCAAAUAUAUAAUGACGACGGCCAUUUGGGACAGAAUAUGAAGUUUUCACAUAUGUUUGAUCAAUAUCCAUUGACGAAUGUUGGAAAGGACACGACAAUGCAAAUAACAAACUUGCUACUUGAAAAUAACGAAACUUACACUGUAGUAGUCAUAGCAACUGACGAAUCAGCUGAGUGUAUGCUGUCUUCUGUGAAUAUAACAGUGGACUUGACGCCACCAAAAGAAGGCGUAGUACUAAUAGGAGCUUUCCCCAAUCUUGCAAACGCUUACACCGACCGAAAUGAUAGACUUUCUGUUUCGUGGCAUGAUUAUUAUGACAUGGAAAGCGGUAUUGAAAGUUACGCCAUGACACUGUAUGAUGGUGUAUCGUGUGGUUAUACUGGGAAAUAUAUAGUGUUACAAAACGAGAUCAAAGUUCCGUCAACAGAUAGCUCUUACACCUUUAUUGACGUGGACUUACAGCCUGAAAGACCAUACUAUGUGCAAUUAAGUGCAAUCAACAAUGCUGGUUUACAUACCACCACAAUUUCAAAACCCAUUUUACUGGAUCUGACAGAUCCAAUUCCUGGAAUUGUGAAAGACGGUAUAUCUUUCAAAACGGAUAUUACAUACCAGAGUGAUACGAACAGAAUAGAGGGUGCCUUCCUUCAUCGCCCUACAUCAGAGGGGGACGCAUGCCCUAGCCUACAGUUUUCGAUGGAAGAUCAGAUAGAUGCCUAUGGUUGGGCAUCUGUUAAUAUGAAAGGUGUAUGGGGAGUUGGUGAGAUUCAUGUAAUGUUCAGGGAAAGUCAGUUAUCCUUUGGAGGGUCAGAUGGCAUGGCAAUAACUCUUUCAAGGGAUGUCAAAGAUGAGCAAGUAUAUUCAGGGGCCUACACUUACAAUAAUCCUGGCAUUGCCGAGGGAGGGAGAUAUAAGUUCGAUAUGAUUGCUGCUAAUGGUGAUAUCCCGGCUGUGACCAGCGUAAUAUUUUGGGAUGGACCAGAUGGAGUUGUUGGUGAUUUCAAUGCACCAAUUGGUGAAAAGGAUUGGGCUGACAAUAACAGAGAGUAUGACAAUUGUGCGUUAUGUUGUGUCUACAAUGACACGGGCUUUGACAAUGAUAACAGUGGCUGCGACUGUAACUGUACAGUGUAUUUUCAGCGAACUACUAUUCUGGCGACAACAACUACUGAAACUACAACCGCCACUAUUGAACCACUUGCUACUACCAGUUUACCCUGGGCCAUCGUCGAAGAUGAUAAUCCUGACUAUACAUACACCGGUGAAAAAUCUUUCAAACAUAUUACCCACCAAUCAAUGGGGAUCCAGCUUCACCCAGAUAUCAAAAUUGAUGGUGACAUCAAACACUACAUUGUACUGUGGUUUAAAUUCAAAAACGACACAGAUGAAGUGCAAUAUGAUAUCACAGAGUUGGAAUUUGACCCAUCAGAUUCGUGGCAUUCGUACAUCCUCGACGUAGUAUCCAAUAUGGAGGAAAUGUCAAUACAGCUUCUGGUCGAUGAUAAUCCAUGCUUAUACCUGUCAGGGUUACCGUCUUUUAGUGAAACUGCCAAGUUUAUUUUGACGUCAUGGAAUAGAGAUGGAGUUGUACCUGAUAUAGACAGAAUAUUCACGCCUCCGAACUCUGUCGCACAUUUUAGGAAUAUAAGAUUUCCACCCGAGUCAAGUUCAUUGUGUCGUUUUGGUGCCCCAUUCCGGAAUGGAGAUAACAGUAUUGUAGCAUUUUAUGCAGGCGUUGGAUCUGCAAGGCUGCUGGAUGACAUCGUUCCAUUUAGAGAGGUUGCUCGUCCCUGUCAACCGUGCGCCCUAUCUUGCGGCGAUAUAAACUGCGACGGUAGUUGUUUAGAGGACAUUACAACAGAGUUCAAAGUUGUUUUAGAUGGUCUACAGUUGACUCCUACUUCUUCUUUGCAAUAUAAUGAACCAUAUAAUAAUCUUCCAUCGAUUUACCAUCUUUCAAUUAAAGCUCUUACUGGCUCUGGUCGUUAUGUGGUUGCGUCUUCUGAUGGUGUAUAUAUUGAUGAUUCCCCACCUGUUUUUAACUACCUUUAUCACGUGGAUAUGUCAAGGUCUGAAGAUGAAACAAUUACAUAUCAAGGAUCUAACUCAACAAUUGCUGUAAAAUGGAGUGCAUAUGACAUUGGAAGUCAGCUAUAUGAGUUUAGAUGGGCUAUUGGCAGUGAACCAUACGGAACAGAUAUACAAUCAUUUCUCUCUGUUGGCGUAACUGACUUUGUAGAGAACAGUGGACUUUUUGGACUCAUAGAAGACGGAAACACGUAUUUUGUGACUGUGGAAGCAGUCAAUAAUGCUGGCAUGACCACUGUGCAGGUGACCUCAGGAGUAACAUUGGUGCUAACAUCACCAAAUAUAGAUGCUACAAAGACUGUUUUGAGUUGUGAUAACAUGGAUACCAGUGUGCCAGGCUUGGUUUUGUGUGGUGACCAGUCCAACAUUGGCAUGAUGUGGGAUCGGAUAGACGAUGAUUCCAUUAAUGGUUAUUUUUUUUCAAUUGGAAGUGCAGAAGAUUCUAUGGACAUUUUCCCGGAAUUACAAGUAGGUUUGAAUAACUCUGGAGAGAUUCAGAUAAGAGAUGGUUAUGUUUACAUCGGAGAUGAACCUCUCUAUAAUAUGUCCAGUUUAAGGAGAACAAAUGAAGGCAUAGCAGGCAAUAACGACGCACUUGAUACUGAAUUCGGCGACAUAUUUCACAUGGAACCAGGACGGAUCCUAUUCUUAAAGUUAACUGCUUGCAAUAAAGUUCAUAAAUGUGGAGUCGUAUCCUUGGUGAAGUCUACAAUAAUUCGAGAAGAUGACACAAUGCGGAGAGCGAGUGACAACUCAACAGUUGUUAUAUCCUUACAAGAAAAAAAUGGUAUAAUAAAGAAUGACACUCGAAGAACUGUUUCAAUUAUUGGCCUGUUUCAGGACAUAACACAAUAUGACCCUCUCGAUGAUGGCAGGGUUUUGAUUGCCGGUAUGUUGUCACAGGAAGACUUAGUGGUUGAGUAUGCAUCUGAUGCUUCGCCUGACUUCAACCCCUACAUUGUCAACCCAGAAACAACCAAAGAAGAAAGUGACAGAUUUCUAAAAGAAAGGAUCAAAGAUAUUGUAGGACCUUCAUUCUUUGUAAGUUAUCCCGGUGAUCAAUAUAUGGGUGGUCCAUUGUAUAUCAGUGUGAGUGUGGAUAAAGAUGUCUUGAACGUUACUGAUGAUGUUCCUCGUCCACAUAUUAUCUUUUGGCACACUGAAUUGCAGCAAUGGAAAGAUGCUAGUCAUACUUGUGAAGAUAGCUUUGGUGACUACACAACUGAUUUGGCGAACUCUUUACUAACUGUCAAGGUAUGUUCAACAAAAGUAACAGUCAACUCACCAAUGAAGCGUAGAUCGACUGGUAAUGACAUGUUCACAGGGUCAUCAGAAUUCACUGUUGCAACUAUUGGGACAUUUGUCAAUUCCCCUCCUCGAGUUACGUCACAAACUAAUAUGUGGAUGUCGGAAGAUUCUGGAACAUUAUUUUUCUCUUUGAAGGCAGUUGACAGGGAGGGCGAUAUAAUUAUUUUCAAGUUAGAUAGUUCGUUUCCUGAAACAGAACUUGGAACCCAUAGAUUGUCAUCCGAUGGUAAUCUUUCAUUUCGACCGUGCCUUGAUUGUUUUGGUAUAGCUCAAAUCCAUUUUCUUGCAGUGGAAGAAAGGUAUGAUGAAUUUGAGGUUUUGUCGACACCAUCAAUACUGGUCAUUGAUAUUCAUGAAAUCAAUGACAACCCAGUUAUAUUUCUGACUGUCAACCAUGUGACGGAAACACAAGGACCCAGACAUAGUUACACUCUGGAACAGCAUAAGACCACCGAUCUUCUACAAAACCUGUUUGAUGGCAUUGUUGGGGCUUUUGACGUUGACAAUUAUGACUCAAUAACAUUUCUCUUUGAUCACCCUAAACAUGGACAACUCCUGGUGGGCAACCAAAUUAAUCAACCAACGUUUACUUACCAAGACUGCUCUCAACUCGUAAACAUCACUAAGGACGUGUUAACGUAUGAAAAUAGUGACUGUAACUUAGUAAUGUUUCCAUGUGGAUUACAUAUUCCACAUGACGUUGACCAAUUGGCGUGGGCGUUCCGUGCCUUUAGAUAUAUCCCUGAUGACAAUUACUUCGGUAAAGAUACAUUUGAAAUUGUCGCCAUUGAUACAAGAGGUACAUAUUCAGAGGUACUCAUAGUCGAUGUGUAUAUACUAAGUAAUCCAUGUAUGAAUGGUGCAGCAUGCCAAGGUCCAGCCACUGAUAUUGACUGUACAGGAACUGAUAGAUCCAAUGGUUUCAGUGGAUAUGAAUGUGUAUGUCUUCCUGGGUAUACUGGAGAGUAUUGUGAACAAGAUGUCAAUGAAUGUGAACCAAACCCAUGUGAAUACAAUUACACAUGUACCGACCAGGUAAACGGAUUUAUUUGUCACUGUGAUAACUACGAAUGGCCAUGCGGAAAAGAGGAAACUUCACUUACAAUGAUCAUUGUUGGUGUAUGCGCUGGAUUGAUAUUCUUCAUUUUGAAUGCUGAGGUGGAUGAUAAAGGAAACGAACAAGAAGAAGAUGUAGAAGGUGGAGCUACAACAGUGGAAGAGAAUGAUGAAGGUGAAGCUGAGAUUAAACUUGUCAUGAGUGUUCCACAGCGAUUUGGAUUUGUGGAGAGACCGAAUCUGGCUAGAAAGGCAUGGGGGCGUGGAACAAAGAAGACUGACGACAGCAAUGAUGUCACACACGAGUCUGAGGCUUAA